CACCGAGAGGACGGUAAAAAUGUACCAAGUGUCAUCAACACCUCCAAAAUCAGAAAAACCUAAAAAACGUGUCGAUCAUUUGGAUGCUAGUGAACCGAGUAAACACGGGGACUGUGAUUACCGCAGGGCAAAUAAAGACCACCAAAAGAACAAUCCAGCACCUUGGAGAGAAAUACCACCGCCAACCAAAUCCCGCCGUCUGGACCGGGAUUACAGGCAUGACCGUCCGAAAUCCAGACCAACGUCUGAAACCAGGAGUGAGGAUUCCUCAAGACAGUCUCCCGCCUCAAAACCAGGACACAACAUUGGACAAAAGUUUCCUAACCCCAACAUGAUCAGUGAUUUCUCAGCUGCUACCCCAAAGGUGUUUCCUCACACCUGCUCGCUGUGCAACGUUCAGUGUGAUCAGGAGAAGGACUGGGCCAAUCACAUCAACACCGUUAACCACACUGCUGCCUGCAGAGACCUGCGAAACAAGUUUCCUGCCUGGAGACCAGAUUCAACACUGAGGCGUGGUCAUUAUGGAAGCCAGUCUCAGCAGGACCCCAGGGAUUCUUCUCCAUCUCGCCCUCACAGCCAUAGUCCUCACAUCAAACACCGGCCCCGGGGCCCCCAAACCCAUGACCCACAUAGAAGACCAUACUCACCUUCCAGAUUCCCUCGUGGUCACCACCACUCAGAACACGGCCCUCGACCACCGAGCCAUCGAUUUGGUUCCCACAGUCCUUCAGUGUCACAUGGACACAGCAGGUUCUACAGAGAACAUGGAACGUCGUCAGGUGGUGCCAGUAGAUCAGAUUUGAAGCGCUCACACAGCACCACCAGUGAUUCUAGCCCUCAUCCAUCUAAGAUCUCCCCACGCAGCAGAUCUGGUGCCAAGAUUAGUAAAACUGUCAACACGAAGAAGAAGAAACCGCCCACUGUGACGUCACAGAGUUCACCCGGAGUAGAUUGUCUUGUUUACCUGACAGGAAUUCCUAAUGAUGCCUCUGAACAGGAAGUGACAAACUUGGUCGGGUCCUUUGGAAAGAUCAACAAUGUGAUCCUGCUGCCUUGUUCUGAGGGGGAGGAUGGCGUGAAGAAUGGAGGACAGAAAGCGUCAGUUUGCAUGAUGAAAUCAGAAAAUGCGGAGGCACUGGCCAAGUCCACCACCUUGUCCAUCAGAGAGCAGAAAAUCUUUGCUUCUGCAGCCGUGAAACCUGAGGAAGAAUCUGAGUCUCCUGAGGCCAGUGGCAGAAAAGUAGACGCGGAUGAAGAAGAAGCUGCUGCUGUCGGACAGGUUGGAGGGCCUGAAGCUGAGCAGAAGAAUUCAGAGAAGAAAGGACUAGUCCUGCUCUCUGGACUUCCUGAGAGGGGCUGGUCAGAGAGUGACAUCCUUGAGAUCAUGCAGCCCUUCGGAAUACCCUUUGACAUCAUCAUGGCUCCACACAUUGGAAAGGUUCUGGUCUUCAUGCCAGACGUUGAAACGGCUGCUGAAAUAGUCAAAGUUCACAGUUUCCUGCCUGCGAAGUUCCAAACGUCUGAGCUGCAGACGGUCCAGAUCAAACAGAACAUCAGCCUUCAAACACCUGUGGCGCUCUACAACUUGCUGAUGAAAGGGCAGAACCUUUGGAAUGGUACCGAUCUAGUCCCCUGGAACAGCCUCUUAGUCAUCACGAAUGUCCCGCCCUCUUGUUCCUCUGAUGUCCAGAAGCUGGUCCAGCGCUUUGGUACAGUCAUUAAUACCUUGAUGGUCAACAACAUGGUCAUAUGUGAAAUGGCAACCAACGCCAUGGCUUUGUCUGUUUACAAGCGCUUCCAGUCGUUUCCAGUGACCAUCCAGAAGAACCCUCUGUUCUUUUCCAGGAAACCUGAUCCUAAGCCUCCGACUUCUACCACAGCCCUCACUCAGGAUAAAUCCAGCCAGUCAGCAGCAGCAGUGACUGAAGAACAACCAAACCAACCUCACGAGGAACCACAGUGUCCUACAGAGGUAACUGAACAUGAUUCUAAUGGAACUGAGAAGAAGAUAACUGCAGGAGAACAACGGUCAGAAGAAACGUCUAGAAAAGAUGAUCUGGUCAAUGACUCUGAAGCUUUCGUCGUAGUAGAAGAAGAGAGUGACACGGGCAUGGACCAGGCACAAGCAAGUACCCUCACAACGCCAGAAAAUGUUGGAAAGUGUGACACAAGAGAAGAGGCAUCCGAGGUGAAGGACACGUCUGAGGUGGAGGACGCUUCAGAGGUGAAGGACACAUCUGAGGUGAAGGACGCUUCAGAGGUGAAGGUCACGUCCGAGGUGAAGGACGCUCCUGAGGCGAAGGACGCUCCUGAAGCGAAGAACGUUUCUGAGGCGAAGAACGUUUCUGAGACAAAUGUUUCUCAGGCGAAGAAUGUUUCUCAAGCGAAUAAUGUUCCUCAGGCGAAGAACGCUUCUGAGGCGAAGAACACUUCUGAGGCGAAGAACGCUUCUGAGGCGAAGAACGUUCCUCAGGCGAAGAACACUUCUGAAGCAAAGAAACUAUCUGAGGCGAAGAGCGCUUCUGAAGCAGAGAAUGUUUCUGAGGUGAAGAACGUUUGUGCAGUGAAGCUCACGGCUGACGUGAAGAACACUUCUGAAUUGAAGGUCAUGUCAGAGGUCAAGGACCCGUCUGAGGUGAAGAACGAUACUCAGGUAAAGGACACGUCUGAACUUCCUGAGGUUCCUGAGGAAGCAGUGAAGAACUUAUCAUCAGAGAUUGUAUUCAACAAAAACAUGACAACAUGCGAGCAAAAAGAGGACAAGGUCCAAACUGAGACAAAACCGAAACAAAGGUCAACAGAGACGGAGUUGAAGAAAAAGUCCACAGAAAAGCAGGACGUGAACGAGGAGAAGAAGCCCAGAGACGAGAGGAAGAUCAAGGAGUUGAGAGCAAAAGACGAAAAGGACAGGGAGAGGAGUUUGACAGAGGAAAGAGGACACAGAGAGAGGGAGAGGAGGAUGGGCGAGAGAAGGAUCCAGGAGAGAAGGAUGGAGGGCAGGAAGGAGAGAGAGAGAAGGGAGUACAAGAGACCACAUGUGGAAGGUUCCACAGGAUCCAGGUCCUACAGGUCAGAGGGAAAGUCUGGUUACCGUCGCCACAGCUCAGAGAGAAAAGUGGUCGGUCACAGGGAGGACAAGAAGCAGGAGCAAGAAAAGGAGGAGGAGGAGGAGGAGGCCAUGUUUCCCUUCAACCUCAGUGACUUUGUGACCGUAGAUGAAGUGGGAGAUGUAAAUGACCUUCCCUGUUCUCCAUCUCCUGAUGUUACCACGGAAACCACAGGGGUUCCAGAUGUUCAGGGCACUCAGUCUUCUGUCCUACAGGAAGAUACAGAGGACCAUGGGGCAGCUGAAGCCAAUCCCAGCAGUCAUCGGGACACACCUAUGGAGGCGGAGUCAGAGACGGCAGGAACAAAGACAACGGCGAUGUCGUCAUCUGAACCUGUGAAGAUGGAGCCCUCUGACGUCUCACCUGUCGUCGCUCCGAUGUGCUCCACCUCUGCGACUCCUCCCUCAACACAAGCACACGGAGAUAAAGCAGAAGCAGCUGAGGCUGAAACGUCUUUGAUCGUCACAGAGACCAAACUCCCUCCUCCGUCCCCCUCACCAGCCGACCCUGCUCUCGUAGUUUCAGCUGACCUUGCCUCAACCACCGACUCCGCCACCCCAGCGGUGGUCCCCGCAGCAGUUACUGAAGUCACCUCGGAUCCCACGGCGGCGGAAACUGGAAGUCAAGAGGACCAAUCACAGGAGACUGUAGAGGCUACGGUGCAGACCAAAACUCCCAUCUGCCCUUCCUCUCCCCUCCCUCCUUUUGACCCUAUGAAGGCUGUCGGUCUGGAGUUCUUGGUUCCAAAGACUGGGUUUUUCUGUAAGCCCUGUAAUCGCUUCUUCAGCGGAAGUAAAGCCGCAGAGAUGACUCACUGUAGAACCCUCAAGCACUACGAGAACCUAGAGAAAUACCUGGAGACCAUGAAGACGGCGGUGAAGCCCAAAGCUGAGCUAAGCUGAGCCCCGAACCCGAGUCCUGACCCUAACCCUAACCCUAUGGUCAUCUUUCAGUUUAUCGUCUGUGUCAAACUCUGAUUUAAUAAAAACGUCUCAUCUAAA